AAUUCUAGUCUGCCCAAGCUUGCAUUGAUUGCGCUGCAAGUCAUCGAUCUCUCGUUUCCAUGUCUACAAAUUCCAGCAACUACUCAAAGAGAUCAAGUACAUAUAGCAUGGAAGACAGGCCAUGGUCGGAUCUCCCAAGCGAGCUUCUACAGGUGAUCUUAUCACGGCUCCCACUACCAUACCACCCUUCCUUUUCUGCGGUAUGCAAGAGCUGGCGCGAUGUUACUUUUAGAGUAUACCCUGCUGAUAUCAGUCCUCUUCUGGUCUACUUCAAGAGAUGGGGAGAUGGUAUCUUGCACUGCUACAGCCCCUCCCUAAACAAGAGCUUCAGGGUGUCUUCUCCGCUUGACUUGUCAGAAUGCGAGCUUUAUUCCUCGAAAGACGGAUGGUUGGUGCUUUAUCGAGAACACGAGGUCAUACUGGCUAAUCCAGUCGCCAGCCUGAUGCGCAACUUUCCUGGUCUGCCUUUUCUAAAUAGCUUCAGCGGGAUUGCGUUCUCCGGACGCCCUCCGCAUAAAUGUACGAUAUUUGCAAUUGACAGUAUGUUUACCAGCUCUGUCGAGAUCAGCAUUUGGCGGCCCAGUAGAGGAUGGGUUUCAAAUAUCCGAUAUGGUAACGACUAUCCGUUCGUAGCUGCCCCCUACUCAAGCCCCGCGGUACAUAACGGUAGGUUCUACUGCCUGGGGGUGGAGGGAAAUCUCGGGGUCUUCAAUCCGAAAAGAGCUACAUGGAAAGUUCUCGCCAGUCCGAAGAGUUUCGCCUACAAACCUGAAGAAAGCUACCUGGUUGAAUCAAAAGGAAAGCUGCUGGCAGUUCACGUCGGCAAUCACAACCCGCCCGUCCGAGUCGUGAGCCUGAACGAAGCGGAGAUGGUUUGGGAAAGGGUCAUCACGUUGAGCUCUGCGACGCUGUUCGCGGGCCCUGGGGUUUCUCUCGUGACAACUAACCGCCCCAAGAGGAUGAAAAACAAAGUCCUCGUUUCGAGGCUGAUCGGAAAACCCGAGACGAUCGAAGCGGAGAUAAGGCGUUUUGAAGGGAGAGCGUUCUUCGUUCCGAAACAAUCUUCGCAGCAAACACCUGGAGAAGGAAGAAAGCAAGAGGCAACAGAGAAACCAGGCGUGUGUUGCUAUUCCUUGCGCGCUUUGAAGAGUUCUGGGUAUCGUGAUUCGAUUUGGUAUCCUUGUAGUAUCUGGUACGAGCCUAGAACGGUCAUGAUGUCAAAGCUGAGAUUCAAGAUGUAGUAAUUUUUUCUUUUCUUUUUCUUUUUCUUACGGAAUCGUGACUAUGUAUCACAAAUCGAUGUCUCUAUUUUCCGUAAG